AACGCGCGCAUCAAAGCAAGAGAAGGCACGCAAAAACAAGUUUGAGUUUUCAUACCGUCGUCCGUCGUCUUUGUCGUUUAGCAGCGGCAAACCAGUCAGUUUACUUAAACAGGAAACCGACAAAUAGGAAAAUCAACAACAACAGCAACUAUCAGCUCCAAUUGCAAUGUAGGAGAGAAGAGGAAACAUACAAUACACACCACUCAAGUCUUCUCCAAUACGAAUUACAAGAAAAGACGCAACCCAUAAGAUAAACUAGAAUCAAAUUGGAUUUACGCACAUGGAACAUAGACCAAACGUAGAUGGCAGUAGUGGCGACGGCGAUGGUGGCCAAGUGAUCUUCUUAUAGGAUUCGUAAAGACGAACUAGCAAAAUACCUACCGGAUAUUAGGCGUACACACUAGCUCUCGUUUACGGCGAUACUCUCAUUUAUACAGAUACACAACCACACAUACACACGUGCGCCUCAGCUAGACAUUUGGUGGUAUGUUUAUUGUCGCUACUUUAGCCGACUAAAUCCGUACAACGCACUAGAACGGGCAACCGGAUUGCCGUAUGUCGAAACGAAUUAAAACCAAAUACCUGCAUACGUAACGCAACAUAAAUGCAAGUGCAAAAUAGCCGUCGGUACUUGAAAUAAAUGCAUUAAUUAAAAAAAAAACAUAAAACAACGAUGCGAUAAAUAACUUAAUGCCAUCGAAAAGACAAAUAAAAUAAAAAAUAAUCUUGACCUUGUCUAUGAAAGAAAAUCGAGGUUACAUAUACCACUAUUGGGGUUAAAAUUAUUACCUCGACAGCAAUGUUCUGCCGCCUGCAGUAUAAAUAAUUUGUAGUGAUAAUUAAAAAGAAAAUAAAAAUUGUAUAUCAUUAUGUCAUCUUAUCAAAUUGAUUGUGGAUAUCCGACGGCAAAUCAGUUUCUAACAGCGAGUCAUCAUGCUGCAACCGGUCAUCCUAUUGCACAAUCUCCGCUGGCGGCAACAACACUAACAACAAAUACUUCUUCGAUUAGCCCAGCACCGGCUGCAGGUGCAGAAAACAGCAUGGCAAGUAGUAAUAGUGACAGUUCGGCUGGUACCUUAACGCCUGAUGCUGUGUCACAGACAUCGGCGUUGGGCAGUACCAAUACUGCAUCGACAGCAGCCUGCAGCUCACUGGAUAGUGCUGCACAUCCGUAUACGUUGUCCGUAGUUAGCGGUACCAGUCCCAAUGGUCCCGGCAGCAUUGGUAUAGGUGUACUCGGGAGUGGAAUCGCUAAUGCGAAUCAAGCUUGCUGUGAUAAUGGCCGUCCUAUGGUCACAGAUCCAAUGACCGGUCAGAGUGUUUGCUCGUGUCAAUACGAUGCUGCUAGUAAUUCGAGCAGAUUAUCGGCGUUAGGUUCAUACACCCGUCUCGCAACAGGAACACCGGUUGCCGGAGUUGGAAUGAGUGUAUUCGGUUCAACAUAUCCAUCGAAUGAUCAAAAUCCCUAUCCGAGUAUUGCUGUGGAAACUGCUACGCCAUUCUACACCAGUUUGAAUACCCCGUAUGCCUUAAAAGAUACUGCAAGCAGUACAGCGGCCUGGACAUCAACAGCGUUACAACCCUCCAGUUAUUAUGCUUAUGAUCCAACGUUUGGUGCGUGCGGUUAUGGCGCCAGUUAUGAUUUAGCGUCACGUCGCAAGAACGCCACGCGGGAAUCAACUGCCACAUUGAAAGCGUGGCUGAACGAACACAUGAAGAAUCCUUAUCCGACCAAAGGCGAGAAGAUCAUGCUGGCAAUAAUCACUAAAAUGACUCUGACACAGGUCUCAACCUGGUUUGCUAACGCUCGCAGACGUCUCAAGAAGGAGAACAAAAUGACAUGGGAACCAAAAAAUCGUACCGAAGAUGAAGAUGCCAUGGUCUCCGAUGAGGAAAAGGAUCAUGAGGACGACAGUGCCAGCAACAGACUACGAACCACGACAUCAGCAAUAACGGCAUCCUCCAUGGCAGCAUCGGGAGCUGUGAGUUCAGUGCAGCAGGCGUCACUUAUGCCUACAAUAAAACAACGUCUGGAUGGUUAUGAUGGUCAUCUGAGUACAACAGGUGGUAAUGGUGCUGUGGGCCUAAGUAACCACAGCCACCACAGUAAUGGUGGUGUUGGUGGCGGUGCCAACAGCGGUAAUAAUUCAGCGUCAAAUACUGCCGACAGUGGUGUACCUGGCACAGCGACAGGCGUGGGCGUUGCUUCAAAUCUAAGUGGGAAUCAUCAUAGUAUUGGAGGUCUCAGCACCCAAACGAAAGAUUCUUAUCACCUGACUUUACCUCAAAACUUACAACAGUAUUCAACAAACUUUUACUAUACAACAAAUUCAGCGGUGGCAGCAGCGGCGGCAGCAUCCAACCACCAAGCAUACCAUCAUCCCCAUCAUACACAACCUACAGGGGUGGCAGUGUCAUCAAUAUCGCCGCCGGUUGGCUCAAUAAGACCUCCAACUCAAUUGAACUAUGAUAAUUCAUCAUUGUUGUUGCCUUCUCACCAGCCGCCACCACCUCAUCAUCAUCAUUCACAUCCUCAUCACCUAUUGUCGUCUUCGCCAUCUACGUACAGCAUGGAACGACGAUAGCAGCAAUUGUAGUUUGCCAACUACUAACAAGCUUAAAUGUUAAUAUAAAGAAAAUAAUUAUUUUGUAAGAAGCAAAGAAAAAUUAUUAUGGAAUUAUUUUAUUUGUUUAUGAAAGCUGUUAAUACGAAAAUCGCAACUGGAAAACUAUUAUCACUGGGCACAAGUGCAAAAAAAAAAGCAAAAACUAACUUAAUAAAUAUUAAAUAUGUAACUGUAAAAGAAACCAACUAAGUAAAAUAAUAGUAAAGUAAUUGAAAUUCGUUAAGGUCGUUAUAAAAAUUAUUAUUUGUAUGCUAAGUAAUUCAUUGGCAAGGCCGAAUAUAAAAUGCUCUCCAAAUGGCUAUAUUUUUCGUUGUUGGUGUUAAGUAUGUAUGAUA